AUGGCCACCCCCAAUGUCCUAGCUUUUGACGCUGAGGGUAGAGCCAUUGACUUUGCAGUCUGGAUUGAAGACCUGCAGCUGUACUUACUGUGUGAUGCGGUAGAUGAGGUCUCUCUCUUUGACUUUGUCUCUAGCGCUGUCCCUGCCCCUCCUGCUGAUGCUGACUCCGCCGUUCGCUCCAAGUGGGCGACCCGCGAUGCUGCUGCACGUCUUGCUAUGCGUCGCCACCUCCCUUCCUCCGAGCGUACCCACUUUAGCCAGUGCAAGACCGCUCAGGCCUUGUACGACGCUGUAGUUGCACGCUACUCCUCCCCUUCCUCCGCUACGCUGAGCCGUCUCAUGCUACCGUUUCUCUUCCCUGACCUCGCUGCCUUUCCCACUAUCGCUGACCUCGUUACCCACCUCCGCGCUAGUGACGCCCGCUACCGCGCUGCCCUUCCUGCUGAGUUCCGCGCCGCAAACCCUCCUCCCAUGUACAUCACUCUCUACUUUCUCGUCACCCGUCUCCCUGAGUCCCUUCGUGUCGUUAGGGACCAGUUUCUCUCUGUCUGUCCCACCACCCUCACUGUCGACCUCCUUGAGGAGUCCCUGCUAGCGGCUGAGAAGAGCAUCGUCGCUGUAGGGGCCUCUCGGGGUGACCCUCGCACCCCCAUCUUUGAGGGGUGUUCUCCUUCCCCCCUGCUGCCCUCUGUCGCCUCUGCCGCUGCGGCCGACCUCGCUGGUUUUGAGUCGGUCGGUGCGGCGUCUGCCCCCAGCAGUAGACGCCGCCCUGGCAAGGGCAAGGGGGGUAAGGGCGCGGGUGGAGCUAGAGGGGGCAGUGGCGGGGGAGGUGGGGGUGGCGGGGGAAGUGGGGGUGGCGGUGGAGGUGGUGGCGGGAGUGGAGGUGCUGGUGGAGGCGGUGGAGGCGGAGGUGGCGGCGGAGGAGGUAGCGGAGGAGGCGGGGGCGAGGGUGCCAGUGGGGGCGGUGGCGGUGGAGACGGGGGUGGCGGUGGAGGCGGGGGUGGCGGUGGCGGCGGAGGUCGGAGUGGCUCGUCUCAGCGGAGCAGCUCUGGGGGUGGCCAGCGCCAGCAGCAGCAGCAGCCACAGCAUCAGCAGCGCUCUCGCACCGUCCCCGCCCUUCAGCAGCUCCGUGAGUGGUACUUGCAGCGUCAGCGUGGUGGUGCGUUUGGUCCCUGCCCCUACGUUCUUCGCACCGGCGACCGUGCGGGGGAGAGGUGUGGAGGCACCCACACAGCCCGCCGCUGCUUUGGCCGCCUGACCGACGCCUGGCGUCAGCAGUUUCCGGAGGACGCUGAGAUCCCCCGCUGGGGGGAGCUGUCUAGGGCUGGUGUAGCUAUUUAUGAUCUUGAUUUUGAUGCUAUUCUUUCUGCUAUGUAUGCUGUGACUGGUAGUGAUGAGGAUGACUGUUACCGGUGUUUCCCGCCCGACCCGGGCAUUGGUACUGCUGCGUCAGGUGCUAGUGAGGCUGCUGCUCUAGGUGCCAGUGCGUCUGUGCUCUCAGGUACUGGUGAGUCUGCCCUCUCAUGUACUGUGUCGGCUUCGGCCUCUCACACCUUCACCCUUGACUCUCGAGCGUCUCGCUCCUUCUUUCGAAACCGCACCACUCUCACGCCGCUGAGUCGGCCGGUUGCGGUGUCCCUGGCUGACCCCUCUGGGGGGCCUGUCCUGUCUCGCUUCUCCACGGUCCUUCCGUGUCCGGCGGCCCCCUCUGGCACCCUGUCUGGUCUCUACCUCCCCUCGUUCUUGACGAACCUGGUGAGUGGUGCUGACCUACAGGAUGCGGGUGUCCACCAGUUCACUCCUGCUCGUCAGCGGGUGACCCACUACAUGGAGGCUAGCACGGGACGCCACCUAGCUACGUUUACACGUCGGCCAGGGUCGAGCCUGUACACACUGACCACUGCUUCUCCUCCAGGUGCUGAGUCUGGUAGGGUCCCUUCGUCUGGUCAGGUGUUUGCCGCAGCGUCCAGGUCUGGUCCUGAGUCUUCCCCCUGUUCGUGUCGUCGUCUGUCUCACGAGACUCUCCUCUGGCACCACCGCCUUGGCCACCCCUCUCUGCUUCGGCUCAGAGGCAUGGCCUCCCGCCUUCUUGUGUCUGGUCUCCCCCGGUCUCUACCUCCCCUUCCUCAGGGCCCUGGCCCUGCCUGUGUCCCUUGUGUCGAGGGGCGCCAGCGUGCUGCCCCUCACUCCUCCCAGUUUCCUCCGACAGAGGCCCCGUUGCAGACGCUUCACAUGGACGUGUGGGGCCCAGCCCGCGUCCGUGGACAGGGUCAGGAGCGCUACUUCCUGCUCGUUGUUGACCACUACUCGCGUUACACCACAGUCUUCCCCUUGCGCAGCAAGGGUGAGGUUACUGAGGUGCUGAUCGACUGGAUCCGCGCAGCUCGUCUCCAGCUUCGGAGGAGCUUUGGCUCCGACAUUCCUGUGUUGCGUCUGCACUCUGACAGAGGCGGAGAGUUCUCCUCUGGCCUUCUGCGUGCCUACUGUCGGGCGCGAGGCAUCCGCCAGUCCUUCACGCUUCCGGACUCCCCGCAGCAAAAUGGGAUUGCUGAGCGCCGCAUUGGCAUGGUCAUGGACGUCGCCCGUACGUCCAUGAUGCAUGCGGCUGCCCCCCAUUUUCUGUGGCUGUUUGCGGUCAGGUACGCAGCGCAUCAGAUCAACCUCCACCCCAGGGUCUCCAGGCCGGAGACCUCCCCAGCCCUGCUGUGGACGGGGAAGGUUGGCGAUGCGUCGGCGUUCCGGUUCCACCAACCCACCUCUCGACGUGUUCUGUCCUCCCAGGACGUCACGUUCGUCUCGCCGGGAGCCACUCUCCCCACAGGAGCUGCGUGA